AUGCGGCUAAUAGAAACAACCACGCUCUCUAUGGAAACCUAUUAUGACCGAGAGAUACCACCUUACGCAAUCCUCUCACACACAUGGGAAGACGAGGAAGUCACUCUCCAGGAUUGGAGUAGAUGGAGGCGCAAGAGGAUGAAGGGUUUCCACAAGAUACGUAAGACAUGCCGGUUGGCCGCCCACGACGGUAUCAAGUACGCCUGGAUCGAUACAUGCUGCAUCGACAAGUCCAACAGCGCAGAGCUUUCGGAGGCCAUCAACUCGAUGUACAAGUGGUACAAAAAUGCCAAAGUAUGCUACGCCUACCUGUCAGACCUCCGCCUUCCUGCAUCAUUUCCCAAGGAUAUGGCCCUGGAGCCCUUCUUGCGCAAGUGCCGCUGGUUCUCCAGGGGCUGGACCUUGCAGGAGCUCAUCGCGCCGGCUGAUGUGCGCUUCUAUCAACACGACUGGGGGCUCGUUGGCGACAAGCGGGACUGGUAUGAAAUACUCUCGGGCGUCACAGGCAUCUCUUCCAAAGCCAUGACGUAUUAUGUUCCGGCAAGCCACUCCAUCGCGGAGCGGAUGUCGUGGGCUGCCGGUCGCGAAACCACUAGGGAGGAGGACAAGGCCUACUGUCUUCUGGGCAUCUUUGACGUCAAUAUGCCAAUGCUCUACGGCGAGGGAUCGAAGGCGUUCCGUCGUCUUCAGGAGGAGAUUAUACGAACCGGAUAUGAUGUGUCAAUCUUCGCCUGGUCUAAAACAACCCCAGGGUUUUGCGGGGCGUUCGCCGAUGCGCCCGGACAAUUUCACUCGAUACCUGCAGGCCAUAUCAGACGUCAAUGGAACGAGGUCAGCAUCACUAACGCUGGGGUGAAGUUGACCCUCGAACUGUGCCUGGUGCGGAAGGGACAGACCGAUCUGCUGCAUUACAUUCUCCCGGUCUCCUUUCACGGCGGGCAACCCACGCAGAAGGGUGUGGUUGCGGGCCAGCGCAUGCCUGCGCUCGGCGUUGGGCUAAGAAAGAUAAGUCCAGGCAUAUUCGCGAGGAAUAUUGGCAAGCUCGUGAAGAUACCGGACGAUACAGAAGCUAGCAUGGUGCACUGGAUACGCUGCCCAGACGCGUACAUCUUCAAAGACCCGCUGGACAUCAUGUCCAUCAACUUAAGCACUCUCUCAGACCAGCCAUACUUUGCGUUUCCCCAGGGCUGCAAGAUUGUCAAGACGUGGCCGCCAGAUAGCUGGGACCACGAAAACCGCAUGUUCCUGGUGGCUGUUGAGAAGCCAAAGUACGGGUCAAUCCUUUUGGAAGCACCAUGUCCUAUGCUGGCAGACGAUGAUCCCACUAGACAAUGCCGAAUCGGAGAAUUUAUGUUCCUGUUUAGUGGUCUACUCGGUUACGAGGACAUCGGCAUCGAGGAUUUCGGACACAAUGUGCAAUACACCAUUGUAGGGUACAGAGAACACCAGUUGAUGCUGGACAUCUUCCACUUAAGGAUAGGAGCCGGAGACAUGGACGUCAAGGAGAUGCGACGAACCCUUGGGAACUUCGGAAUCCCCAGACAACGCACCGCAGCUGUUCGUCUCGAGGGAACGGAACAAUGA